UCAACCGGCGUUGGCGCAUUGACGCUUGUGAUGGCGGCUGAAUAAAGCAGAAAUUGCUUUAAAACUUGUGACAACAAUCGCAAAAAACGCUCUUUACCGGGAUUUUCGCGGUUUAAUUUCAGUGCCAGUGGCUUGUUGCAAUUAUUCAGGUUAGCAGCUUCACAAGAGUAGCAUUUGGAGCACCUGAAUCGCCACAAAAUGAUGCCUUUAGGGGGCACAGCCCCUGUCCAUUCUUCGACAAACGUUGCCCCACCGGCCCCUGCCACUAACAACUCCUUGACGCCGACGGGCGGCUCUAACAAGUCCAGCAGUAACCUAAAACCUAACUACACGCUUAAAUUCACGCUAGCGGGGCACACCAAGGCGGUGUCCUCCGUUAAAUUUAGCCCAAACGGCGAAUGGUUGGCUAGUUCUUCUGCGGAUAAGUUAAUUAAGAUAUGGGGCGCUUACGACGGUAAGUUUGAGAAGACAAUAUCAGGGCAUAAGUUAGGGAUAAGUGACGUGGCGUGGUCUAGCGAUAGCAGAUUACUUGUAUCAGCAAGUGAUGAUAAAACUCUUAAAAUCUGGGAAUUAUCAUCAGGGAAGUGCUUGAAGACGUUAAAGGGGCACAGCAAUUACGUUUUUUGUUGUAAUUUUAACCCACAAUCGAAUUUAAUCGUGUCCGGUUCGUUUGACGAAUCUGUAAGAAUUUGGGAUGUGAGGACUGGAAAGUGUCUAAAGACACUCCCAGCGCACUCAGACCCUGUCAGUGCGGUUCAUUUCAACAGAGACGGGUCUCUCAUUGUCAGCAGCAGUUACGACGGACUUUGUCGUAUUUGGGACACAGCGUCCGGGCAGUGUCUGAAGACAUUAAUUGAUGAUGAUAACCCCCCUGUUUCGUUCGUUAAAUUCUCGCCAAACGGCAAAUACAUCCUAGCAGCGACUUUAGACAACACCCUCAAACUCUGGGAUUACGCCAAAGGCAAAUGCUUGAAAACUUACUCAGGGCAUAAAAAUGAGAAAUACUGUAUUUUUGCAAACUUUUCCGUUACCGGGGGUAAAUGGAUUGUGAGCGGGUCUGAGGAUAAUUUGGUCUACAUUUGGAAUUUGCAAACGAAGGAAAUUGUACAAAAAUUGCAAGGACACACAGAUGUGGUGCUAUGUACGACUUGCCACCCAACUGAAAAUAUAAUCGCUUCGGCUGCUCUCGAGCACGACAAGACCAUAAAGUUAUGGAAAAGUGAUACUUAAUCCAGCUUCUACAAUGUUUUCUAUGAAAAAUAAUUUAUAUUUUUUUAUGAGUGGCUAACGAUGUAAAUUUGAUUCAGAUUAAUGUUAGGCGGUAGGAGUAGCCACAACUAAUAAACCUUUGAAUUUUU